CGGUGAAGCUCUUCAUUAGCGGAGUUACAUCCGCGGGGACGGGAGUGGGAGAGACGGGGUUUUCGUUGAAGAAACGGCAAGAUAUCUCUCUGUCUACGCGGCUGGCACCACAUCGGCUUCAGGGAUGUAGUCGAAGCGGGAAGAGCUCUGCACUACCGAGCUCGUGAACAUGAAGAAACAUUCGGCCAGGGUUUCCCCGUUGUCCGCCUGCAACAGCCCGGUGCUCACCUUAACAAAAGUUGAAGGAGAAGACAGGCCUAGGGAGAGCGUGGUCGGCACGUCAGAAGGCCAGCCGGCGGCAGGCGCGCCAGGGGUGGAGUCAGCCACGGGGAGGCGGAGACUGCGCUGCUGCGUCCGGGUGACGGCGCUGCAGGUGCGCAAGGCGCUGUGGGGCGUUGCCAUGGUGAUAUGCGUGUGCUCGUCGUGGGCGGGAGCCACCCAGCUGGCCAAGCUGACGUUCCGGCGGUUCGAUGCUCCGUUCACCCUCACCUGGUUCGCCACCACCUGGAACAGCCUGUUCUUCCCCUUGUACUACGCCGGACACGUCUGCAAGAGCAGCGAGAAGCAGACGCCCAGACAGAGACUCAGGGAGUGUUGUCGUUUCUUCAGUGAUGAAGGUCUAACAGCGAAGGUGUUCUUCACCAAGGUGGCUCCAUUCGGCCUGCUGUGGAUCCUCACCAACUACCUGUACCUGCAGGCCCUGAGGAAGAUCAACACCACAGACGUGUCGGCUCUGUUCUGCUGCAACAAGGCCUUCGUGUUCCUGCUGUCCUGGAUCGUGCUGCGAGACCGCUUCAUGGGGGUGAGGAUUGUGGCGGCCAUCUUGGCAAUCGCUGGCAUUGUGAUGAUGACGUACGCAGACGGCUUCCACAGUCACUCUGUCAUCGGGAUCACUCUGGUGGUGGCCUCAGCCUCAAUGUCAGCCCUCUACAAGGUGCUCUUCAAGCUAGUGCUGGGCAGCGCUAAGUUCGGGGAGGCGGCUCUCUUCCUGUCCAUCGUGGGCGGGGCUAACUUCCUCCUUCUCAGCUUCAUCCCUGUCAUCCUGUACUUUAGCCAGAUGGAGAACUUUGGCUCCCCGGACCACAUCCCCUGGGCUCACCUGUGUGGAGUGGCCGGCCUGCUGCUUGCGUUCAACCUCCUGGUGAACUUUGGCAUUGCUGUGACGUCCCCCACACUUAUCUCUCUAGGCAUCGUGCUCAGCGUGCCUGUCAACGCCAUGGUGGACCUCUACACCUGUGAGAUCAACUUCAACACAGUGCGGCUGAUCGCGGUGUUCAUCAUCUGCCUGGGUUUCCUGAUGCUGCUGCUCCCUGAGGACUGGGACCACUGCUUCAUCCAGCUGCACACACGCCUGCGCCGGCGUGAUGAGCCAGCAGAGGGCGCAGGAGAGACCGGGACCGGGACAGGGCUGACCUGGAGCCGGAGGGCUCGAACCUCCAUGUCCACGUUUACACACUGACACACACACUGACACACUGACAAACACACACUGACACACACAC